AUGGCUGUGCCAGGAGCGGAGGAUGUCUACCUGACUCUACUACUAAACGACACCUACUUGCCCGGCGCAUUGGUCCUGGCGCAUUCCUUGCGAGAUGCCGGCACGACCAAGAAGCUCGGCGUCCUGGUCACCUUGGACUCGGUAGCGGCCGAAGCUAUAAGUCAGCUCAAGACCGUAUACGACUAUGUCAUCCCCGUGCCCCGAUUUCGGACUGCAUUCCCCGAGAAUCUGUCGCUCAUGAACCGCACCGACUUGCACUCGAGCUUCACCAAGAUCAACCUAUGGAAACAGGUCAAUUUCCGCAAAAUCGUCUACAUAGACGCCGACGUCAUCGCGUACCGCGCGCCCGAUGAGCUGUUUGACAUCCCACAUGCAUUCUCGGCAGCGCCAGAUAUUGGCUGGCCCGACAUUUUCAACACGGGUGUCAUGGUUCUCACACCCAACAUGGGUGACUAUUAUGCCCUGGCGGCCAUGGCCGAGCGGGGCAUAUCCUUUGAUGGAGCGGAUCAGGGUCUCCUGAACAUGCACUUCAAGAACGGCUUUAAUCGUCUUAGUUUCACCUACAAUGUUACGCCGUCUAGCCACUACCAGUAUGUGCCUGCCUACCGUCACUUCCAGUCCAGCAUCAACAUGGUCCACUUCAUUGGCCCUGAGAAACCGUGGUUUCAGGGACGGUACGCCAGCACUGGGAGCGGUCCUUAUGAUGAGAUGAUUGGCCGGUGGUGGGCUGUAUAUGACAGACAUUAUCGAGUUGCUUCACCGGGAAUCACGCCUUCCCAGUCAACGUCGGAGCUGGUACAAUAUUUGACCAAGGGCGAAUACCAACCCCCCAAGCCCCAAGUUGUCCACGUCGAGCACGUUGAAAGAACUGGUGAGCCCUAUAGUGAACACGACGGCGACGAAUCGCAACAGCAUGGCUUUCAUCAUGAUCCAGACCACCCCGAACAUCGGGGCGAACACCAAAGUCAACAGUAUUUGGAGCAUCAUGUAGAAGCUCAGCCUGGAGCCACCGCCCAGCCACACGAGCAAUUUCCUAGCGCAUCGUCCUUAAGUAGUUCUAUUGAGGGAACUGAAGCUGAGGCUCGCAAAGAGCAGGUUCCUGAACCGCAUCGCCAUGAGGCAGCGCCACCCCCUCCCGAGCAGCGGAAGCCUGAGCCACCCCCUGUCACCUUCGCUCAAUGGGACGCUCAAAGACAUCCUCCCCCGGCGGACUCUAAACCGGAAGCUGCGAAUUUCCCUGCUACGAUAUAUCAGAUGUCACAAGAUCCUGCCCCGUUCGUCCCUCCCGAACGAUACCCAAGCCCUCCCAAGAACAUGUGGUACGAGCCGCCGAAAGAACCACCCGCUCACCGCACGCAGAGGCCAAAGUUGCUUUUCCCCUGGGAAACCAAUCAACCGCAGCCUACUCGUGUCUUUGCCGAUGAGACUUCUCGAACGAAAGAAGCAGCUGAGUCAGAGGCGUCAAGUACGCCUACGGGUGAGCCAUCGGCUCUUGUCCCUUCUGAACCUCGGCAGUCGACUGAGUCCUCAAUUACAGAACAUUCCACUACGGAACCGGAGAGAGAGCCAAUCACACCCGCCACCCCUACCAUUCACAUCACACCAUCGGACCCUUGGACUUCUUUUACGCGCUCGAAUGCUUGGGACGAAAUGCCCGAGAUCGAGCGUUACGUGGACAAGCUGCAGAAUAAGCACCGCCGUACAAGAAGUCUGAAGUCCCCUGGUACGAUUGAUCUACCGAGUCCCGGCGGUGCGGUGGACGAGCGUGACUGGCAGAGGCGGGGCUCGAAGCUGACUGACUUCCCGUCAGAAGUGGAACGGCCUAGUCUCCCGGUCACCCCGGCACCAAUCCGCCGGCCAAAGUUCUGGGGUGGUGGCGUCCCUGGUAUCGGCGACGGUGACGAAGAUCCUCUGCUGCCGGCCGCGGAGGGCGUGCCUGGCCAGAGCGAAUGGGAUCCUGUGGCUCAGCUUCAGAAACUGGCUAAGCAGCAGUCUGAGGCCGUUUUGCAGAAACUGGGUGGUGCUUCACACGACAGCGGCACUUUGCCGCCGCGCCCCGUGCCUUUCGGCUCAGAAGAGCUGACGUCUCCGACGUAUAAAGCGCAAUCCGCCAAGGUUCUGAGCCCGCAACCGGUGAAAGGGAGCGCGAACUCUAGCCUUGUACGUGAUAUUGCUUCCAACGAGGAGAAAGCGCCUGAGAGGUCGAAGCAACCAGACACUGGCGCUGGGCCAAUCUCAGUCUCACAACCGAGCUACAGCGGACCCGGGGCUGCAUUCGAAAAAGGCGAGGAUAUCCCGCAACGCGAGACCCCGCUGCUGCCAACUGAGGAGGAGCGAGAUAUCCUGGAAACGUGA